AUGCCGUCGAAGCGCAGGUUGUCCACGUGGUCGUCGGGCGUAUUGGUCAAGGUUGCAAAGCGCCAACGUCCGCCCCCGCUUCCCCCCACAAUUUCCUCCAUCCUGAUGACCGAAGAAGCCCAAGACCUCAUCAUCAUUGCAUUCAACCUAUUUCAGGUUGGUUGCCAGAACCACCAAGCGUUCGCCAUGUUCCAAACGUUGGUAGAGCCGGUCAAAGUCAUCUUGUACGGCCUCGUGGUGGUGUUCUACAGCUUUGCAUCGCCGCUUCUAUUGUUCAUUCGAAGCGUGGGAACCAAGUCGGCAUUCCUCAAUCUGGUGGACGCGAUUGUAACCUUCAUCUUGUCGACCGGCCACCCCCUAUUCUCCCUAAUCAUUACCGUCUUUCACUACUUAGUUCUGGAGCCCACUUUGGCCCAAGACAACCUCUGGGCUACGCGAUCGACCCUUCUUACACGGCCAAGGCUCGCAGCUGACGGAUUCGGAGCGGGCCGUCAUUGA